AUGGAGAUUCCCGGGAGCCUUUACAAGAAAGUCAAGCUGAGCAAUAACGCGCAGAACUGGGGAAUGCAGACAGCCACGAACGACUAUCAAGCCCACCACGUUAGCAGGAACAAGAGAGGCCAGGUGGUGGGGACCAGAGGUGGCUUUCGCGGCUGCACAGUUUGGCUCACCAGCUUGUCAGGAGCGGGGAAGACCUUGGUGAGCAUGGCUCUGGAGAAGUACUUGGUGUGGCAUGGUAUUCCGUGCUAUACUUUGGAUGGUGACAACAUUCGUCAGGGACUCAAUAAAAAUCUUGGGUUUAGCCCUGAAGACAGAGAAGAGAAUGUCCGGCUUAUCGCUGAAGUUGCCAAACUGUUUGCAGACGCCGGCCUGGUGUGCAUCACAAGCUUCAUUUCGCCUUAUACUCAGGAUCAUAACAAUGCAAGGCAGAUUCAUGAGGGUGCAAGUCUGCCGUUUUUUGAAGUGUUUGUUGAUGCGCCUCUGCAUGUUUGUGAGCAGAGAGACGUCAAAGGGCUCUACAAAAAGCGGGCUGGAGAAAUAAAAGGUUUCACUGGGAUUGAUUCUGAGUAUGAAAAACCAGAGGCUCCUGAAUCGGUGCUGAAAACCCACUCUUGCGACGUCAAUGAUUGUGUCCAGCAAGUUGUGGAACUUCUGCAGGAACGGGACAUUGUAUCUGUGGAUGCCUCUUACGAAGUAAAAGAGCUAUAUGUGCCAGAAAAUAAACUUCAUUUGGCGAAAACAGACGCAGAAACAUUGCCAGCACUGAAAAUUAAUAAAGUGGACAUGCAGUGGGUGCAGGUUUUGGCAGAAGGUUGGGCGACACCUCCGAACGGCUUUAUGAGAGAGAGGGAGUACUUGCAGUGCCUUCAUUUUGAUUGUCUUCUGGACGUUCUGACGGCUCCCCAAGAAGAUAAAGAAAGGCUGGAUGGCCGCACAGCAUUCGCUCUGAUCUACGAGGGCCGCCGGGUGGCUAUUCUUUGGAACCCUGAGUUUUUUGAGCACAGGAAAGAGGAGCGCUGUGCCAGACAGUGGGGAUCGACAUGCAAGAACCAUCCCUACAUCAAGAUGGUUAUGGAGCGAGGAGAUUGGCUGAUGGGCGGAGAUCUUCAAGUCCUAGACCGGAUAUAUUGGAAUGAUGGUCUUGACCAGUAUCGUCUUACUCCCACUGAGCUAAAGCAGAAAUUUAAAGAUAUGAAUGCUGAUGCUGUCUUUGCAUUUCAGUUACGCAACCCGGUGCACAAUGGACAUGCUCGGUUAAUGCAGGACACCCAUAAGCAACUGCUGGAGAGGGGCUACCGGCACCCUGUCCUCCUCCUGCACCUUCUUGGUGGCUGGACAAAGGAUGAUGAUGUCCCUUUGAUGUGGCGGACGAAGCAGCAUGCUGCAGUGCUGGAGGAAGGUGUCCUGAACCCCGAAACAACAGUGGUGGCCAUCUUUCCGUCUCCCAUGAUGUAUGCUGGGCCCACUGAGGUCCAAUGGCAUUGCAGAGUGUGGAUGGUUGCAGGGGCCAAUUUUUACAUUGUCAGACAAGACCCUGCUGGCACACCCCAUGCAGAAACAGGGAAGGAUCUCUAUGAACCAACACAUGGUGCCAAAGUGCUAACCAUGGCCCCUGGGCUGAUCACCUUGGAAAUAGUACCCUUCCGAGUGGCGGCUUACAACAAGAAGAAGCGGAUGGACUACUAUGACUCAGAGCACCACGAAGACUUUGAAUUUAUUUUAGGAACUCGAAUGUGCAAACUCACCCCCAAAGGCCAGAAACCUCCUGAAGGCUUCAUGGCGGCCCAGGCUUGGGCUGUGCUGACAGAGUACUACAGAUCCCUGGAGAAAGUGUAAGCUGCUCACCCUGCAGCCCCACUUGAUUCUUCACUGAGUAACGAGGAGGGACCAAGUAGUCGCUGUUGGCUUUGCUCUGUGGUGGUGUCUGUCUGGAAGUGCUUCGGAAAUGCAGACCCUUCUCCUUAGCUUGCUUCAGUGUUGAUCUGCCUCAUGAGCUCUGUUUCAAGCAAUUGUUAACGCACUGCUGGUUUUAAUGUAUCUUCUCCACUUAGUAUAGUUCCUAUUCCUAUAAUAGGAUUUUAAAAUCUUGUCUUUUUAUAUUGUAUUUAUGCUUCUGUUUAAUGAUUUUUUUCAAGCUGUAUGUUAGUUGUAACCAGUAGUACAUGCAUUGAAUUUCAUUUUUCAUCCCUUAAAGAAAAAGAA